AGGGAUAGAUCCUAUAACUCUUUGAACUUUUUGCCUUGAAUAAGGGAAAAUACGAUAUUUUGAAACAAGAAUGAACUGUACUUUGAUUAUUCGACGAGGAAGACUAGCUGAUAAUGAAUAGCGGCGUUAUUAUCAACCUAGUGCUUCUGAUCAACGUAGUGUUACUGAAAACUACACUGGCCAACAAGUGUGAUGCUGCAYCUUAUCAAGUAGCAGGUCACGUGCUCCUUCACCAAGUGAUUCAGUCUUUUCAAGGAACCAGUUCUAUAGUCAGCUGUCUUGACCAUUGUAACGGCACUAACGCGUCAUGUCACAGCAUCAACUGGUACAGUAAGACAGGCCUGUGUCAGCUGAACAACGGUACUCACCUCUCCUACCCUGAGGGUCUUGUGCCAUACUCGACUGGAAGCUACAUGCUGUACAGCCCUCACCCAAUGGUUACCUGUAGCAACAAGUUUUGUAGUCAUGAAGACGUUUGUCUGAUGGAAAAGGACGGGAUCAACUAUCACUGUUUGUCGGAGUGCAUGGCACCAUUAGGGAUGCAAAAUGGACGCAUUCAAGAUUCUGCGAUCAGUGCUUCAUCCUCGCAUGGACAUCACUAUGACCCCUAUGUAGGACGGCUGUUCUCGACUGUCGRUUUUGGCGCCUGGUGUCCAAAUAAAUCAGCUGUUGGGGAAUUCCUUCAGAUUGAUUUGAAGAAAACAUACAUUGUCAGCAAAGUAGCCACACAGGGUCGAGGGAGGGAGGAUGCACACUAUCAGUGGGUGACUAAGUACUACCUUGAGUACAGUCAAGACAACAGUACCUGGCAGUCAUACAAAUAUGGYGGCUCCGUGAAGAUUUUUCAAGGUAACUCCGACAGGAACUCGGUCGUGACUCACAAGCUUCCAUCAUCAAUCCAAGCAAGGCUCAUUAGAUUUGUAGUUCUGAGGUGGCAUAAGUUCAUAGGACUUAGGGUAGAGAUAUAUGGAUGUAUUCACGGGAAAACAUGCCUUUUUAAAGCAAUAAUCAGAUUAUCAGGGAUACUACUUGUAAUGAAUAACCUAGUGCUUCUGAUCAACGUAGUGUUACUGAAAACUACACUGGCCAACAAGUGUGAUGCUGCAMCUUAUCAAGUAGCACGUCACGUGCUCCUUCAUCACGUGAUCCAGUCUUUACAGGGUACUACUUCUUCAUCCAGCUGUCUUGACCGUUGUGAAGACAACUUGUCUUGUCACAGCAUCAACUGGUACAGUAUUACAGGUCUGUGCCAGCUGAAUGACGGUACUCACCUGUCCUACCCUGAGGGUCUUGUGCCAGACUCGACUGGAAGCUACAAGCUGUGCAGCCUUCGCCCUAUGGUUACCUGUAGUAACAAGUUCUGUAGUCAUGAAGACGUUUGUCUGAUGGAAAAGGAUGGGAUCAACUAUCGAUGUCAAUCGGCAUGUAUGGCAUCUUUGGGCAUGCAAGAUGGACGAAUUCAAGCUUCUCAAAUUACAGCUUCGUCCACGUUUGGAAAUGACGCAGSGCAUGGACCAGAUAAAGGCAGAUUGCACUCGACUGCYGGUGUUGGUGCAUGGUGUGGCAGUGUAAAAGCUGCAGGGGAAUACCUUCAGAUUGACUUGACGAAAACAUAUGUUCUCAGCAAAGUAGCCACRCAGGGUCGAAAURAUAGUGUAUACAUUWACUGGGUGACAAAGUACUACCUUAAGUACAGUCAAGAUGGCAGCAACUGGGAGUCAUAYAAAUAURGCGGCRUUGUGAAGCAUUUCAAAGGUAACUCGGACAGGSACUCAGUCGUGGCCCACAAGCUUCCAUCACCAAUCCAGGCAAGUUUGAUCAGAUUUGUAGUACUGGAGUGGUAUGGUUUCAUAUGCAUGAGGGUUGAGAAUAGCAGUAUUAUCRGCCUAGUUSUCUUGAUCAACUUAAUGCUGCUGAAAACAACACUGGCCAAUAAGUGUGAUGCUGCAUCUUAUCAAGUAGCAGGUCACGUGCUCCUUCAUCGCGUGAUCCAGUCUUUACAGGGUACUACUUCUUCAUCCAGCUGUCUUGACCAUUGUGAAGACAACUUGUCCUGUCACAGCAUCAACUGGUACAGUAAGACAGCAUUUUUCAAAGGUAACUCGGACAAAGACUCUUUCGUGGCCCAUAAGCUUCCAUCACCAAUCAAAGCAAGUUUGAUCAGAUUUGUAGUACUGAAGUGGUAUGGUGAAUACAUAUGCAUGAGGGUUGAAGUAUAUGGAUGCUAUAUUCCUUAG